AUGCAACGAGUGAUUAGCCGAAAGCGACGAUCGAACCAACGUCAACUCGCUAAUGCUGCCAAUAAUAAUUCACCGGCAUUGAAAAGUGCAAGAUUGGGAAAUAAUAUCGCUGAAGAAAAUGGUAAUUGUGGCUCAUUAGAGGCGUUAAUGGCCGCUUCUGAACAAUUCAAAGUUUUGUUCAAUUCAAAUUCAGGCAUGGAAGAAGAGUUGGAUGCGGCGAGUAGCUCAAGUAUGGAACUGGCCGCAUUGCUAGCGAAUGCAACACUGAACAGAUCCAUGCUGGAGAAAAUCUACGAGACGAUGUUAUCUUCAUGUCAAGCUGGACCGAGUUAUACACCGAUCGCAUCCACUUCUGAGCAUGCUCUUUCGCCUGAACACCUUGAAAUUGAACUCGAUAACGUAAUUAGUUUUAUUUUUUUUUCUACGGUGUUCAUUUUUGUUUUCAAUCAAAUGAAUCGCUGA